AUGGCCAUAAACCUAGCCAAAUUUCUCAUACUGUUUUUCACUAUUUCGAUCUGCAACGCCGUCACGAAUCCAAGUCCGAUUUCCGAUUCUCACCGUUCCGCUGCUUUACAACUCUUCGAUGGUUCCUCUUCAAGGUCGAUGGUUCCUCUUCCAGGAAGUGCCAAGGACUUCUUCAAUCAAAUUGAAUCAUUAGCUCUUCUGGAGAGCAAAAGGGUUCCCGUCCCAUUAGUGCUGUCACUUCCUGCAACAGUUUAUUCAUUGUCCAAAAAAGAUCAGCUCAAGGUUACAGUGAAUACAGUACUUGGUUUAGCCGCACCACCUCUUACAGUUAAGCUUGUCAGAGCUUUCCACGCUGAUGCUAAACAUUCUGCUGUUAUCGAGGGCAAGGAACUCCAGUACGAUCAAAGUAGUGGACUUCAUGUCAUGGGCUUCCCAGAUAAUGUGGAUGUGGGAACAUAUGUGUUUGUUUUUGAGACAGCGCUUCAUGAUUCAGGUAGUGAAAAUGAUUAUGCUAUUGGAGGCCAAAUUCACGUGCCGAUAUAUGUCACUGGCAUUGUUAAAGUUAGCAACGCAGAAAUUGCAGUUCUUGGCAGUGAUCUUGGAAGUGAUGAAACCCAGAAAACGCUAGAUUUGGCUGGAACUGAUUUUGUUUCACUCUCAGCUAACCAUCUUCAAAAGUUGCGUUUUUCUUUUCAGUUGAUAACGCCUCAUGGCCAUACCUUUAAGCCUCGCCAGGCAUUGCUUAAGUUGAAGCAUGAGACAAAGUAUGAACACAUCUUUGUGGUCAGAAAUACCGGCAAGAAGUUCGAGAUUAUUCUCGAUUUUCUUGGCUUGGUGGACAAAUUUUAUUAUCUCUCGGGCAGAUAUGAUUUUGAGUUGACUGUUGGUGAUGCUGUCAUGGAGAACUCUUUCUUGCGGCCACUUGGUCAUUUGGAAUUAGAUCUUCCAGAAGCACCUGAGAAAGCAGCGCAUCUUCCCCCACUACCUUCCAGAAGCUCUUUUGAGAAUUGCUGUGAAGAACGCGAGGUUAAGAAGAAGAAUGGAAGUUGGAUGAGUAAAGCAGGCAGAAGCAAAGAACCUGAUUACGUUCCCCAUGUUGUGGCUCAAAUGAAGGCUUCUUAUUUGCAUUAUUAUGAUUUAACCGGCCAGAAUUGUAUGGACUCCUCUACCGUGAAAGAGUUUGUUUUAUUUUCUGUAAAGCUCGGGCAAAGUGAUGCUCAGGACGCCGACUAUCAGCCAAAAGACGAGCUUGCUGCUAUUGCCGUCAAAAUACCUAAAGCUAUCAGUUUCAUUAACAAUCAACAUCAUAGCAGUUGCCACAGUGAUAGUCAUGACAUUGUCCAUGCAACGGUUGUGCUCCCAGGCGGGGUUCAUAGUUUUCCAAGUAAAGGCGGACCUUCAUCACUACUUGAGCGAUUAUCAAUUCGAUCUUUUUGUUCAGGGGAACAAACACGAUCCGUGCCCAGCAUUCAGCUUAACCCCUUAGAAAAUGGUAUGAGUUCUGUAGCCUUUGACUCGUCGCUCUCACUUUUGCAAGCAUUCGCCAUUUGCAUUGCAUUAGUUGAUAGCAAGAUGCCAUGUGAGCUUUCUGGAACAAGAAAGUCGCAAACCAAGGAACUAAAGGCUUUUGGUAAAUUAGAAGAUAUUCCUACAAGUUAUGUUUCUAAUCCACCAGUUUCUCCUGUUGGUAGGGUCUAA